AAUUGACGCUCCGACUUCGUUCGAUACACAGCUCGUACGUUGAGAAUUUCGUCGCUACUAAUCCCAUCAUGCCUCCGAAAACGAGCGGGAAAGCAGUAAAAAAGGCAGGCAAGGCCCAGAAGACCAUCAGUAAGACGGAUAAGAAAAAGAAGAGGAAGAGGAAGGAAAGCUAUGCCAUUUACAUUUACAAAGUACUGAAGCAAGUACACCCGGACACUGGGAUCUCCAGUAAAGCCAUGAGCAUCAUGAACAGUUUUGUUAACGACGUGUUUGAAAGAAUCGCUGCUGAAGCGUCGAGAUUGGCGCACUAUAACAAAAGAUCGACGAUCACCUCUCGUGAGAUACAAACUGCAGUAAGGCUUCUUUUACCCGGAGAAUUGGCCAAACACGCGGUCAGUGAAGGAACUAAAGCAGUAACCAAAUACACUAGUUCCAAAUAAAGCUACAUUCAAUACAUCGCAUUAUAUAUAUCGGCCCUUUUCAGG